GCUCUGUCUUCCUCUCCCUUUCUCUUCCUUUCCCUGCUCUGUCACUGCUGGUAUCACACACUCUCUCCACUUAUUUUCUACAACCCCUCUUUUUCUUAUUUCGAUCUCUCUCUCCUUCUCUCAUCCUCCUUUAUCUUCUCUCCCUAUUUCUCCCCAUUCCACUCUCUGUUAACUCAGUUGAAUGCAGUAUGUGGCAGGCAUUGGCACUUUGGCUGUUGAUACUCACGACUCUGCUCCGGGUAUCAGUGCAGGGUCCUCACCAGCGCUUUCUGCUCAGGGAGCUGCUGAGGGACUACAACCCCAUGGAGAGGCCGGUGGCCAACGACUCCCAGACUCUCACUGUUCAGCUCUCGUUUACUCUAAUGCAGGUCAUGGAUGUGGAUGAAAAGAAUCAGAUCCUCACCACAAAUGCCUGGCUGCAGAUGCAGUGGUACGAUCACUACCUCCAGUGGAACCAAUCAGAGUAUCCUGGAGUUAAGAACCUCCGUUUCACUCCAGACCAGGUCUGGACACCUGAUAUAUUGCUUUACAACAGUGCUCACGAUAAGUUUGAUGCCACCUUUAAGACCAAUGUGCUGGUUAACUCCAGUGGCUUCUGUGAGUAUCUGCCUCCAGGAAUAUUUAUCAGCACGUGUAACGUGGAUGUGAGAUGGUUUCCAUUCGACAUCCAGCGUUGUGAGCUGAAGUUUGGCUCUUGGACAUUUGAUGGCUGGCUGCUGGACAUCCAGAUGAAAGAGGCAGAUGUAUCAGGAUACAUGCGCAACGGAGAGUGGGACCUACUGGAGGUCCCUGGAGGUCGUCAUGAGGUUUUCUAUGACUGCUGUGCAGAGCCCUACCCCGAUGUUACCUUCGUGGUGACAUUGCGCAGGAGGACCUUGUUUUAUGCUCUCAACCUCCUCAUCCCAUGUGUUCUCCUCUCCUCCAUGACCCUGCUGGUCUUCCUGCUCCCUGCAAACUCUGGGGAGAAGAUCAGCCUUGGCAUCACGGUUCUGCUUUCUCUGACUGUCUUCAUGCUGAUGGUUGCAGAGAUUAUGCCUGCCACUUCAGAUUCUGUACCACUAAUAGGUCAGUACUUUGCCAGCACCAUGGUGAUUGUAGGGAUGUCAGUAGUAGCCACAGUCAUCGUCCUCCAGUUCCAUCACCACAACCCUAACAGUGGACACAUGCCGCGUUGGGUGCACUUGGUUCUGCUGCAGUGGGUUCCUUGGUUCCUGCGAAUGAAACGUCCAGGCGAAGGAGCGGAGACUACUCUUUCCAACAGCCAGACGGGCCGUCAGAUCAAGACCCUGUCCUCUCCUACCACCACCACUACCAACACGAACAUACCCACCCCAGUGCCCUCCAUCCUCCCGCAAAGCCUCAACUCCCUUCAGGUCAGCCUUGCCCAGCUCAACCACCCUCUGUCACUCCCACUGCCUCACCGGACCGGCUCCCAGGCUGCCAUCCUCCCUACUCCCAGCCUCAGAGAUUCCAGCCCCAAUGUACACCCCCAGCCUAAUGGUCAUCUGCCUUACAUGAGCCUCCAGACCUUCCAGACUAUGGCAGAACUGCAGCCAGUUCAGAGGAGCAGAACCACCAGUCAUGGGAGGGUUAACAGUGGACUAGGUGGAGGAGAAGGAGAUGGAGCAGCAGCAGGAGGAGGAGGACCAGCUGCAGAUACACCAAUCCAUCACCACCUCCAAUCUUCCAAGUUUGGCAACCCCUUACUGGAACCUUCAGCGUCUCCAGACCCUGACCCAUCAAUCACAUCCUCUGGACCCUGUGGUUUAGAAGCGGGGGCUGGAGCAGGGAGAUCAGCUGCCACACAUAUCCACACCAGUCUGAUUCAAUCUGUGGCAGUGGACAACCAGCUGCAGGCUCUUCUGGUGGAGGUUCAGUUCUUAGUCGAACGUGUUCGUGAGCAGGAACGGCAGCUGAGUUUGGCAGAGCAGUGGCAGUUUGCUGCAGCUGUCAUUGACCGCCUGUGCCUGGUGGGAUUCAGUGUUUUCAACAUCAUCUGUACCAUCGCUAUUCUCAUGGCUGCACCCAACUUUGGAGAAGCACUUUCAAAAGAUUUUCUCUGAGAGCCUUCGAGAGAGAAGGGUAUGUUAAAGGAUAAUACAGAUAAGGAUUUGUUGGAAGCACAAUUACUGUUAAUGACACUGGGACAUAUAACAGCAAAUAUUAACUAUUCAUUAAGCUGGAUAUGACUGUGGCACAUAUGGAGAGGACAUGAUUUAGAUAUAUUAUGGUUUAUUUGAUCGGAUAUACCAGAUCAUGCUCACAUUUACUGUUCACAGAUUCUUUUUUUGCAAUGGUUUUCUAUGAACGUUUCAUUGAUAUUUGGAUGAUGGUUUCUGGACUAACUGACAAAACGAUCGGCUAAAUCCUCGACUAAAUAAUAAAUGAAGGGUUUUGUGAAUGAGGAUCCUAAAGUAAAAUCAUCCCAGAACUGAUGUGAAAACUGGAGAGCACAACUUUACUAGAUUUGUGUACUGCCGUUGGAAAUGCAAGAUGAAGUUGCUCCGAAGAAAAACCUUACACUGAUGUGCUGCAUGUAAAAUGGUAGAGCUUUUACACACGAGCAGGAUUCCUUUAACAUUUAACACUCCCAGGGUUUAAUUGAAACCAACAAAGUUAGCUGUUUGCUGAUCUUGCAUUAAUUGCAAAUGGAGACACUUAGGCGGCUUUCUGAUGACAACACAGACCAAUUUCUCUGUGCUUUCUUGUAAUAGACGGUUUCUCAAAUAUAAAUAAUACUGCAAUACACACAUUUUGUCACCGAUGAGGGUUUUACCCUUGGGUGUAGGAGUUUCAAUUUAAUUUGCAAUUUAUUUAGUUUUCUCAAGGUUUUCAUUUAAUAGGAUGUCCAAAAUCAUUGUCAUCAAUAUUUUUCCACAUGAAUACUCAGUUACAGAAACUGAAAACUGAAAGAGUCAUUUUCAUUACGCCUGAAAAUCAUCCAUGAUGAUGUUGGAGAUUCAUUUUUGCGUCACCUUCAACAGUCAUGUUAGCUUCAUAUCAUACUGUAGUGCUUACUAUGAAGCAGACAAUGCACUAAUAUCUGGGAAAGUAACCAGCUUACCGUCAUAGGGAUCUUUUCUAUCCAUUGUCAUUUAUCUUCUAUAAAACUAUACUGUGCAAUGCUGAUAUCUGAAAUUAAAAAGGCUGGACCAUACAAGGAAGCCGCAGCUGAAAGAAAUGCUUCAAAGCUCCAGUUUUUAUUUGUAAUGUGGAACAUUGUUGUCUACCUGUGCAGGCAACGAUAAGGUUCAGACUGCAGCGAAAAGAAAAAUCAUAGGUCAUGUCAGCUUUCCAAUAAUCCUUUUUCACGAGGCUUUUUAUCUUACAAACACACACCACUCAUCCAUCUUCCCACUCAUGUAUGCAGAAAAAAAUAAUAUGUAUGACCCCGGCUUUGAAUGUACAGUAAAUCAUGAUAUAGAUUUUGCAGAAAUGUUGGACACUCGAAUGCCAAUAAGCUGUGACAGACUGAGCUGUAAACAUUGUGAAAUAAACUGUCCAGUCUUUUGUACUCUCUUGACAUGCAUUAGAUUUGCUAUUCGCUGGCAGGCCUCCCCCUCGAUCGAAGUUUCAAAAAGGAUGCAGAAACAGAGGGCAAGGAGGAGGGA